AUGGUUGAUGUCAAUAGCUUAUUAUCACCAAUGUCAUCCAGUACUUCUUCACCAGCGGCAACAUCACAGGAGGACUACUUGCAGUGGGAUAUCUUCAAACUCUACGCUAAGGAAAGAAAGAGAGAAGGAGAGAAGGAGAGAGAGGGUGAAUGUUUGAAAGAACAGAAUGAUAAUGUCUUUGUGAUCUGGCACUGCUCCGAAGAGAAAGCCGAUGAGGAUAAGGAGCGAGAGAGCAGUGCUACCUCUCUCCCUGUCUUCUUCCCAAAUCCGCCUUGGUUUGAUCACGUUGCCCCUGUUUGCAUCACUUCGACUGCUUGA